GAUUAGCAUAAAAAGAGUUCCACAAUUACACAACACAUAUACAAAACUCAAACUGUUGCAUUCCUCGACAGAAACAACAAUGGAGUCUCAGUCUCAGACUCAGACUAGUCCACCCGAAACCCCAAAGCGCUCUCCGUUCACCGGAAUAUUCCACAAACUGAAAACCAAUCUUGUAUUCCGGUCAAAGCUCGCCGAAGUAAACGGUGCAAUGGGUGAUCUCGGCACUUACAUCCCAAUCGUCCUCGCUUUAACUCUUGCCAAGGAUUUGGAUUUAGGCACAACGCUGAUAUUCACCGGGAUUUACAACGCCGUGACCGGAGCGGUUUACGGCGUACCGAUGCCGGUACAACCGAUGAAGUCGAUCGCAGCCGUGGCGAUUUCGUCAACCGCGGAGGAGUUCGGUAUACCGGAGAUCAUGGCCGCCGGGAUCUGCACCGGAGGGAUCUUGUUCGUGUUAGGGAUCUCCGGUCUGAUGCAGUUCGUGUUCAACGUCAUUCCUUUGUCGGUUGUUAGAGGGAUUCAGUUGUCACAGGGCUUAGCCUUUGCAAUGUCUGCGGUUAAGUAUGUUAGGAAAGAACAAAACUUUUCAAAGUCCAAAAGUGUUGGUGACAGGCCGUGGUUUGGGCUUGAUGGUUUGGUUUUGGCUUUGGCUUGUGUUCUCUUCAUAGUCCUGGUGAAUGGAGAUGGAGAACAGGAAGAAGAAGAGGAGGAAGAGAGAAAUGGUUCAAGAAGAAGAUGGGUUUGGAUAAGGAAGGUUGUAUCUAAUGUACCAUCUGCUCUGUUGAUUUUCUUGUUGGGUGUUGUUUUGGCUUUUAUAAGGAAGCCAAGUAUUGUGCAUGAUAUUAAGUUUGGACCGUCGAAGAUUAAGUUAGUGAGAAUGGACAAGGAAGCAUGGAAAAACGGCUUUUUGAAAGGGACGAUUCCGCAGUUACCUCUCUCUGUUCUGAACUCUGUUGUGGCCGUGUGUAAGCUUUCUCACGACUUAUUCCCUGAGAAGAAGUUUUCGGCUACAUCGGUUUCGAUGACUGUUGGGUUGAUGAAUAUGGUUGGAUGUUGGUUUGGGGCAAUGCCUACUUGCCAUGGAGCCGGUGGGCUAGCCGGGCAGUACAAGUUCGGUGGGAGGAGUGGUGGGUGUGUGGCGCUGCUGGGAGUAGCUAAAUUGGUGUUAGGUUUGGUGUUAGGAGGUUCAUUGGUGGGUAUAAUGGAGAAGUUUCCGGUUGGUGUGCUUGGAGCUUUGCUGCUGUUUGCAGGUAUAGAGCUUGCAAUGGCUGCAAGGGAUAUGAACACGAAGGGGGAUGCAUUUGUGAUGCUUGUUUGUACAGCUGUGUCUUUAGGCUCAAAUGCAGCGAUAGGAUUUGUUGCUGGGAUUGUUCUGUAUGUAGUUUUGUGGAUGAGGAACUACGGAAGGGUCAAGCCCACUGGCCUUCCUCUUCAAGUAGAUCAACAUCCUUGAAGGUCUUCGAUCUUCUUCUGUGCUUUAAAAUGUGAUCUGUUCUAUAAAUAAAAAGUUCAAAACUUCGUUGAA